AUGGGAUAUAUCAAGUCGGUUCGGUUAGAUCUUGUGCUCGGUGAUGAGAGGUCAUCAUCACAGCUCGAUGCUACUGGGUAUGCCAGUCGUACUCAUACAACACUCUGCGCCAAGUCUGAGGCUACGCUCUCUGAUGCGCAGCGUAGAACUAUAUACGCACUCUCCACUCCGGCUGGGAAAGCAGGCAUAGCUGUCAUUCGGAUUUCUGGACCCGACGCUCUUGACGUCUGGCAACGAGUGACGCGCAGAAAUAAGUCUGGAGCCGUACCGACACCAUGGAUGUUCCAGCGCAGAUACGUCGUCGACCCAGAAACCGAAGAGAGACUCGAUGACAGCUUGACUGUCUUCUUCAAGGGUCCAAAAUCAUUUACCACAGAAGACACUCUUGAGCUUCACAUCCACUCUGGGCGCGCAGUGCUCUCUGCAGUGUUACGUGCACUUGCUAAACUACCAUACUGUCGGCCCGCUGUCCCAGGCGAAUUUACGAGACGUGCCUUCGAAGGUGGCCGACUUGAUCUCACCCAAGUCGAGGGUCUGCGCGACUUGAUAGAUGCUGAAACAGAAGCUCAAAGAAGGAUUGCUGUCAGCGGAGCUGAGGGGGCUGCGAGAGCGCGAUAUGCUGCGUUAAGGUCACAGAUACUGGAAUGUUUAGUUUUUGUUGAAGGUUUUAUCGAUUUUGGCGAGGACGUGGACGAACUUGGACAGGAAGCGAUGAUUAGAGAAGCUCAUAAUCGUGCAUUGAAUAUCAUCAACAGCAUUCGAUCUCACCUGCAUGACAACCGUCGCGGGGAGAUUUUGCGCUCUGGAAUAAAACUCGCGAUAUUUGGACCUCCGAAUGCUGGCAAGAGUAGCUUGUUUAAUUUCCUUGCUCAGCGUGAUGCGGCUAUUACAUCACCCAUUCCAGGAACUACGCGAGAUGUGCUCACGCUCACUUUGGACAUUGGAGGUUUUCCAGUCGUUCUGAGCGACACUGCUGGCCUGCGAGAAACAUUGGACACUGUAGAGCAGGUAGGGGUGGGUCGUGCAGGUAACGCCGUCAAGGAGGCUGAUCUGUCUCUUUGUGUUCUAUCUCUUCCUGAUGUUUUAUCCUCUCGAGACAAUGCCCUGGUUCGAAUCCCGGAUGAGGUCAAGAACCACUUGAAACCAGAUACCCUUUUCUUGUUGAAUAAAUCUGAUACUAUCGCGAGCCUUCCUCUCAACCAGUCUCUCACUUUCACGGAGCAUGGCAAUAACUAUAAUAACAGCAAACAACCCCAGUUCUGGACAGCGAGUCUUCGCACAUCAGAGGGUACCCAGUCGUUUCUAGAUGGUCUCGCACAAGUUUUACGAUCAAGAUACAGCGAUGGUUUCGAUUACACCAGCCCGCUCAUCACGCAUGCUCGCCAUAGAGAUAUGCUUGAGCGAGCUGUCAUGCACUUGGAAGAGUUCAUCGCCUUCUCUCCUUCGGAAGUAGACAUCGCCGCAGAAUCCCUACGUUAUGCAGCUCGUGCGAUUGGUUCUGUUUCUGGAUUAGAUGUCGGCGUUGAGGAAGUUCUGGGCGGAAUAUUCAGUUCGUUUUGCGUUGGAAAAUGACUACUGACCUUGUAUGAUUCUACUGUCAAUGCAUGAUGUUGUGCGACUCGUAGACCGUCC